ACGCCCGGCGGAGCCAUGGCGGCGCCCAGGCCGCUGUCCCGCUUCUGGGAGUGGGGGAAGAACAUCGUGUGCGUGGGCAGGAACUACGCGGACCACGCCAAGGAGAUGCAGAGCGCCUUGCCGAGCGAGCCGCUGCUCUUCCUCAAGCCGUCCACCGCCUACGUGCCCGACGGCUCGGCCAUUCUCAUGCCGCCCUACAGCAGCAACCUGCACCACGAGCUCGAGCUGGGCGUCGUGAUGGGCAGGCGCAGCCGCGCCGUCCCCGAGGCCGCGGCCAUGGACUACGUGGCCGGCUAUGCCCUGUGUCUGGACAUGACCGCCAGAGACGUGCAGGACGAGUGCAAGAAGAAGGGCUUGCCCUGGACGCUGGCCAAGAGCUUCACGGCCUCCUGUCCGGUCAGCGCGUUCGUGCCCAAGGAGAGGAUCCCGGACCCUCACAACCUGAAGCUCUGGCUCAGGGUCAAUGGCGAACUCAGGCAGGAGGGUGAAACAGCCUCCAUGAUCUUUUCCAUCCCCUACAUCAUCAGCUACGUUUCUAAGAUAAUGACCUUGGAAGAAGGAGAUAUUAUCUUGACCGGGACCCCGAAGGGAGUCGGACCCGUGAAAGAAAACGAUGAGAUCCAGGCUGGCAUACACGGGGUCGUUAGUAUGAGAUUUAAGGUGGAAAAGCCAGAGUACUGAGUCUGUGCAAAGCGCCCUGACUUACUAAGUUUCAGGAGAGAAGGGAGCUGGACAGAAGCAAGCAGAGGUUAUUAAAUGGGACAAUCCUUUAAGAAGAAACUAAUUCUUAAAUAUGAUUUAAUUGGAUUGUUAUGACUUAAGGAAAAUGGACCCUUAAAGGAAAAUGUGAUCUAGAAAAGCUGGGCCAGAAAUGGAAAGAAGAUUGAGAAUUUUAAGAAACCACCAAAUUAAGUUUUUGUAAUGCUUCCAAAGCAGAGAAUUUAUCAAACCUAAUGUUAAGACUUUCCUUCCUAAAACUGGAGUGGAUAAGACUUUUCAUUGGGGGGGGGGGGUGCCUGGGUGGCUCAGUCCCUUAAGCAUCUGUCUUCCUCUCAGGUCAUGAUCCCUAGAUCCUGGGAUUGAGCCCCCAAGUCAAGCUCCCUGCUCAACGAGAGCUCUACUUUUCCCCUCUGCCCUUCCUCCUGGCUCAUCCUUUAUCUCUCAAAUAAAUACAAAUCUUUAAAAAAAAAGUUUUUUAAGAAAAGACUUUUCAUUGAGACAUUCUGAGAUCAGUAAUUCAAAACUUAAAAUAUGCAAAAGAGGGGCGCCUGGGUGACUCAAAGGGUUAAGCCUCUGCCUUUGGCUCAGGUCCUCAGGGUCCUGGGGUCGAGCCCUGAAUCAGGUUGGCCCCUCAGCGGGGAGCCUGCUUUACCCUCCCUCUCUGCCUACUUGUGAUCUCUCUCUCUGUCAAAUAAAUAAAUAAAAUCUUCUUUAAAAAUAUGCAAGGGGCACCUGGGUGGCUUAGUGGGUUAAAGCCUCUGCCAUCGACUCAGGUCAUGAUCCCAGGGUCCCGGGAUCGAGCCCCGCAUCAGGCUCUCUGCUUAGUGGGGAGCCUGCUUCCUCCUCUCUCUCUGCCUGCCUGCCUCUUUGCCUACUUCUGAUCUGUCAAAUAAAUAAAUAAAUAUCUUUUUUUUUAAAUGCAAAAUAUUUUGAAAAUCACGUAUCCUUAAUUGAUCAUGAUAAUCAUCAAGAGGUAAUUUGUAAAAAUAAAUAUUUCCACAUCACUUGCCCAUGCCAAGCCCAUUGUAUUAAUUAGCAGAAUUAAUCUCCAGCACUCCUAAGUGCUUCUUUUGGAAAUGUGGAUAAACACUACUCCACACAAUUUAAAACUGUAUUUAAUAAAUGAUUAAUGGCAACCUCACUCAUUUAUACCAUGUCCUGUAAUAUUAUAAGUUUGGGAGAUAAUUUUGAAAUGAUUGUUUUCCAAAUAAAAAUGCUUUCUUUUA